AAUUAGAGAAGCUUAACACGUUUUUUAGUUCGCUGUCGACUGUAACUCCGUUCGUUCCUUCGAUCGGAUCUUAUUCUCUGAAGAAGAAGUUCAAAAUUUUCUUACGGAGUCAACAUUGCAAUUGUUGGAUAAUGGUGUUGACUCCAAUUAGCUGUGCUUUGGAUUUGUGAAGCUUCUUUCUUGUGAGGAACUCCGAUUUGUAGAAAUGCCUGAUGCGAAGUGCCCUUUGUUGAAGCAAAUGAGGAUGCCAGAGAUCCAGUUGGGUGCUCACACUGUUAAGUCCCAUGGGGUGAAAGUUGCAAGGACUCACAUGCAUGAUUGGCUCAUUCUUAUGCUUCUCAUUGUGAUAGAGGUCAUUUUAAAUGUUAUAGAACCAUUUCACCGGUUUGUUGGAGAGGAUAUGAUGAGUGAUCUGAGAUACCCACUGAAAGACAAUACUGUUCCCUUUUGGGCCGUUCCUAUGCUUGCAAUAAUGCUGCCGUUUAUUGUCAUUCUUGUAUACUAUUUCAUCAGAAGGGAUGUUUAUGAUCUGCACCACGCCAUACUGGGACUUCUGUUUUCUGUGCUUAUCACUGGUGUUAUAACUGAUGCUAUUAAAGAUGCUGUUGGUCGACCUCGUCCAGACUUCUUCUGGCGUUGUUUUCCUGAUGGAAAAGGGAUUUUUGACCCUGUGACAAAGGAUGUUAUGUGUACUGGAUUAAAGAGAGUCAUCAGGGAAGGUCACAAAAGUUUCCCCAGUGGUCACACUUCGUGGUCCUUUGCAGGUCUUGGAUUUCUUGCGUUAUACUUGUCUGGAAAAAUCCGGGUAUUUGAUCACAGGGGACAUGUGGCCAAGCUAUGCAUCGUCUUCUUACCGUUACUUAUUGCUGCUUUAGUGGGAAUUUCUCGAGUCGAUGACUAUUGGCAUCACUGGCAAGAUGUUUUUGCUGGGGGGCUUCUAGGGAUAACAAUUUCAUCAUUUUGUUACUUGCAAUUCUUUCCAGCGCCGUAUGAAGUAGAUGGCUGGGGACCUCAUGCGUAUUUCCAGAUGUUGGCAGAGUGUCAAAAUGUGAAUCCAUCCAACGCCAAUGUACAACAAUCGGACCUGGAGGGCGGAUAUGGGGAUUCACAGCAUGAGAGGGGGUUAUCAAGAGUCAAUACUCAUGACUCCAGCCCUAUCCUUGAAGGAACAAACGGUAUGAUGAGAUAUUAAGUAUGGAAUGUUGUUGUUAGACUGUACAUAAAAUCAUCAGAUGUCCGCAGCGUUUGUGAUCAGUACGAUUAUUUUGGUCUUACACGGUUAAUUAGAUGUUGAAAUACGGAUCUGCGUCUCUGUAUGCCUAUUUGUUAAUUCGUUUCCGAGAUUUUGUUUGACCUUA